AUGCAUUUCUUGAACAUUGUUGUCUCGAUGAUGGCGUUCGCCGUUACAGCACUGGCCAUUACAAUCACCCAGCCUAAGAAUGGUGACCAGGUGGACUUUAGCAAGCCCUACACCAUCAAGUGGACGACUGUGGCUUCUGACCCUACGAACUUCGACCUCAUACUGGUCAACAUGAACAGCCAGCCCACCGUCAGCAAGAAGAUCGCCAAUGUCAAGACAUCGGAUAGCAAAUACACCGUUGACAAGGUCAUCGGUAUUCCAGUUGCUGAGGGCUACCAGCUCAACGCCGAAUCCAACACCACCCAGAACACCGGCAUCCUGAGCCAGUCGCAGCAGUUCAAUGUGACCAAGGUUGGCAAGGCUGAAACAAGUAAGGAAAAUUCUAUUUUAUCAUCAUCACUAUCGUCACCAUCACAACCAUCAUCAUCUUCACCAUCAUCAUCACCAUCAUCAUCACCAUCAUCAUCACCAUCAUCAUCACCAUCAUCAUCACCAUCAUCAUCACCAUCACCAUGUAUCCGCCCACAUACCAGCACCAUCAUCACAAAAACCACUUCCCGCCCCUGCAUCAACCACCAGACUACUUCACCAUCUAGCACCGCUCCCUCCGCCUCCACAACACCGGCUUCAGCCACCACUAGCGCCACCCAGACAGCUGCUGCGUCUACCUCCUCGUCUGCCGGAUCUGCCGCGUACACGGGCACGCUUCCUGGCUCCGCCGCCGUGAUCGGUGCCCUCGCAAUGGGCGUAAUUGCCGAGAUUCUGUAA